AUGGGUUCUAUACAAGAGAAUGAUCACCAAAUUAACGGGGCCGUUGAGUCGCUGUCAACCGUUGAGUCCCGUCCGGCGGACAGCGACGGCUUCCGGUCUUUCCAAGUUGUCAACCUUGCGACAGGAGAUGAAUUCACACCAACAGGCAUGAAGGAGGAAGUAGUAUUGCUCGCAUGGCUCAUUGUACUCAUGCGCACUCGCGAAGGUACUCUUCCUCGCUAUGAAUGGGCUUACAAGACGCACUCCGAUGAUGCCGACCUCAAGUCGAGUCAUAAUGAACUACCCACCGAGACUCUGGUACCAGGACUGCAAAGUGGCGCUGAAGAGGUCGCUCAAGCUAUUCUGAAGCACAUUAAAUCAGUUGCGCCCGCUGAGCCCAAUUCGGCGUCGCUCCUUCUCAGCACCGGUUCCUUAACACAAGAUGCGGAAGCUAACGAGGAAGGCGCAAUCUUCCUUGAAGCACGCUUCCAAAAUGAACAAAUUGAAAUUCGCCCUGUUUGGAGCACCAAAAACCAGCUAGAAUAUACCGUGAACCACCACGUUGAGCAAUUGGCCGACACUAUUAAAUCAUACCUCUCAACCCCACACUCUUCCAUCGAGGAGACCCUCAAACCGACCGAAUGCGAUUUCGAUGAAAUUUGGCGCAUCAACCAUGAGCUUCCUCCAACCUAUAGCUUUGGCUCACAUGAAUUGGUGUCCGAACAAGCCCAGAAAGUUCCCGACAAGGUCGCCAUAGAUUCAUGGGAUGGCGAGUUGACAUACGGUCAGAUCGAUCAAUGGUCAUCACAUGUGGCAUGGAAGCUCAAGGAAAUGGGCGUCGAGCUGAAUGAUGUAUUGCCUGUCUGCUUCGAAAAGUCAAGGUGGACAAUCAUUGCAGUGAUGGCUGUUAUGAAAGUGGGCGCAACUUUUGCGCUUAUGGAUCCCACCUUGCCGCUUGCCCGACUUCAAAAUAUGGCAACGCAGGUCGGCGCAAAGGCAAUGGUUUCAUCACGAAACCAAUUUGAAUUCUCGAGCCAGAUCAUGCCCAGCGAGAAGAUUUUCGUUGUGGAAGAGAGUGCAUUUGCUGAGAUCCCCAAGUCAGAGGUUAUUGCUGCACUCCCAACAGUGCCACCACAAACAUUAAUGUAUAUCAUCUUCACUUCUGGAAGUACUGGCACACCCAAAGGUGUCACAAUCUCGCACGAAACCUACACCAGCAGUCUGAUUCCUCGAUCACAGGCAGUUGGCUACAAGGAGGAUUCCCGAGUCCUCGAUUUUGCGUCAUAUGCUUUCGACGUUAGCAUUGACAGUAUGCUUUGCACACUCAGCCAGGGUGGUUGUCUAUGCAUUCCAUCCGAUGAUGAUCGUCUGAAUGAUAUCAACGAUGUGAUUCGCAAAUUGAGGAUCAACUACGCCGGUAUGACACCGUCGGUUGCUCGUAUUCUGGAUCCAGAUGUCAUCAAGUCACUCACAAACGGUCUUGGUCUUGGAGGAGAGGCAGUGCCAGCAAGAGAUGCCAAUAUCUGGGGCCAGGAUGCUCGAAUUAUUAUUGGAUAUGGUCCUUGCGAGUGUACCAUCGGGUGCACCAUCAACAGCAGCGCUGCCACUGGCAGAGAUUAUCUUUCGAUUGGACCCGGUAAUGGUGCUGCCAUGUGGAUCGUUGAUCCUAAUGACCAUGAACAACUGAUGCCCAUCGGCGCUGUGGGUGAAUUACUUGUCGAGGGACCCAUCGUCGGUCAAGGAUACUUGAAUGACCCUGAGAAAACGGCUAGUGUGUUCAUCGAAGAUCCUUCCUGGCUUGUUACCGGCCACAAAGAUUAUGCUGGUCGUCACGGUCGUCUCUAUAAGACUGGUGAUCUUGGAAGAUACGAUCCCGAUGGUUCUGGUGGUAUUGUCUUCGCUGGACGAAAAGAUACCCAGGUCAAGCUUCGUGGUCAGCGUGUUGAGCUUGGUGAGAUUGAGAGUCAGCUGCGCGCUAUCUUGCCCCCGGAUACCAAUGUCAUUGCCGAAGUUAUUGUGCCCCAGGGUACUGGAGGUCAAGCAACCCUUAUCGCUUUCGUCACCACACCUGCUAUGAAGGAACAAGGUGGCACUGGCGUGAGCGCUGCCGAGCCCUCUGAGGAUCUGCGAGCCAUUCUCUCCAAUCUCAGCACAGAACUGGCCAAGGUCGUGCCUCGAUACAUGGUUCCCACAGCCUACAUUCCCGUCAAUGAUAUCCCCGUCUUAAUUUCUGGCAAGACCGAUCGCAAGCAACUCCGGGCCUUUGGUACUACGAUCGAUCUGCGACAGUUGGACACCGGUAAUGAAACAACCGCCAACCGAGAACUGACCGAUCUCGAAAAGCGUCUUCGUGAGAUCUGGGCUCAAACUUUGAAGCUUGAAGCCGAGAACAUCAAGCUCAAUGACAAUUUCUUUGCCCUGGGAGGUGACUCGGUCGCAGCAAUGAAGCUUGUCUCCGUUUGCCGGUCUCAAGGUCUUGAUCUCUCUGUCAUCGGCAUGUUUGGCAACCCAUCACUCUCUGCGAUGGCUGACGUCAUUACUCCGCUGGGUGAUGAAGUCGAGGCACAAGCUGAAACAGCUGCAUUCUCAAUGAUCUCCCAGGAUUCCGAGAAUGCUUGUGCAGAGGCUUCCCAGAUCUAUGGAUUCAAGAAGACUGCCAUUGAGGAUAUCUACCCUUGCACCCCUACACAAGAGUCACUUUUCACAUUCUCAUUGAAAUCAGUCAAACCAUAUGUCGCUCAGCGUGUGGCUAGCAUCCCAUCAAGCAUUGAUAUUGAUACAUGGAAGAAGGCAUGGGAGGAAGUGGUCACCCAUAGUCCCAUCCUCCGUACCCGCCUUGCUCAACUUCAAGAACCCGGCCUCCAGCAAGUUGUGCUGCAGGACACCAUCUACUGGAGAGACUCGGAUAAUCUUGAAAAAUACCUUGAGAGCGAUCGGAAUGAUAGAAUGCAGCUUGGAGAUCGUCUAGCUCGGUACGCUGUUGUCGAAGACAAUGGCCAAAAAUACAUGGUUUGGACAAUCCACCACGUUGUUUACGAUGGAUGGUCUGAGCCUGUCAUUCUGAAGAAGGUCAACGAAGCUUUGAAAGGUCAACCUGUUGAGGUCACCACUCAGAUGAGAGAAUUUGUCAAAUGGGUCAAAGACACAGAUGAGGUCGCCAUGGAUGAGUUCUGGCGCCGAGAGCUCAGGAAUGCCGUCGGUCCUCAGUUCCCUCGUCUCCCCUCCAGAGACUUUGUGCCUUACCCGGACGCAAAUGUUGAACAUUCCGUAUCUGUGCAGACGAACACGAAGUAUCCUUUCACACUCGCUACCUUGAUUCGAGGUGCAUGGGCCCUGGUCUCUUCUCAACACUCGGGAAGUGAUGAUGUUGUGUUUGGCGAGACUCUUACUGGUCGUGACAUUGCCUUGCCUGGAGUCGAGGGGAUUGUUGGACCCCUGAUCGCCACAGUACCUGUUCGCAUUCGUGUGAACCGUCAAACUACCAUCGAGUCAUUCCUGCAAGCCGUUCAACAAGGAGUCUUGACUCGGUCUCCUUACCAGCAUCUGGGUAUGCAGAAUAUCCGCAAGGUCAGCCGCGAUGCCCAACAUGCGUGCGAGGCUCCUACAGGCCUGGUCAUUCAGCCAGAGCCAGACUCUUCCGCCGUCAGCGAGCUGGGCUUUGCUGUUGGUGAUGUUGUUCAGGAAGCACUCCACUUCAACCCUUACCCACUCAUGAUCGGAUGUGGAAUUCGCAAGGGCGGUUUCAGAAUCCGUGCCAACUUUGAUAGCACUCUGAUCCAGCCUACACAGAUGAAGCGUGUUCUUGCUCAGAUGGAAAUGGCUUGUUAUCAAUUGACACGAAAUAUCUCAAGGAAGCUUGAGGAGGUUUCCUGCAUUCCUGAUACUGAACUCAGCCAUAUUUGGAAAUGGAAUGCUACUCCUCCGCUAUCCCUCGACGAGUUCACAAAUAAGCUUCGCGCCAACUUGGGCAUCAAGGCCGGAUCUCCGUACCCCAAUGCUGUUGUACCUUGGGUAGUCGAUGCUCGCAACGAAUCCCAUCUUGCAGCGAUUGGCUGCGUCGGUGAACUUUGGCUCGAGGGUAAUAUUCUCUCUGGCGAGAUUGUCGAUUCUCCAGCGUGGCUGACUGCUGGAAGUUCCGCUUGCGCUGGUCGCACCGGUAAAGCCCAGCCAACAGGCGACAUUGUGAAACUGGAAGAGGAUGGAAACUUGGUAUAUGUCGGUCGCAAAGAGGAUCUCAUGCCUGUUGAGGGUCAUGCAGUCAAUAUUGCUGAUUUGGAGGCUCACUUUGCCACAUAUCUUUCGCCGACUGUACGCGCUGCUACUGCAGUUUUCCAAUCAGUAUCAGAAGAUGGCGAGAAACAGACAGAGCUUGUCAUUUUCCUACAGCCUCAUUCCUCCAAGGAGAAGGAAAUCGAAGUUACUUCCGAGAAUUAUGAGCUUGGCCAAAAGGAAUUCCGAGUGACAACCCGCACUGUGGUGCCAUCAAGCCUGGCUCUUGGUCUGAGAAAACUUGACAAGUUCGUUCGGGAUUCUCUCCCCUCUUACAUGGCUCCUUCGGCAUAUGUUGUGGUUGAGGAGUUGCCAGCUGAGACAAAUUAUAAUGACUACCAAGCUCGUCUGAACGAGCUAGCCUCAAGUAUCCCUGCAUCCGUGCUUCAGCAGCUCCGCGAAGGCUUCCAGGAGGCAUGGAAGAAGACAUCCGCACAGGCCAAUCUAACACCAAAGGAGAAUAUCCUGCGAACUGCCUGGGCCAACAUCCUUCGCAUGGAGCCCGAAAAGAUUGACCUGGACGAUAACUUCUUCCGCCUGGGUGGUGACUCUGUCUUGGCCAUGAAGUUGGUUUCCAGUCUGCGCACCCAGGGACAUGGCUUGAGUGUGGCCGACAUCUUCCAGCACAUGCGUCUUGGAGAUGCGGCCCGUGUCCUGAAGCUCGACCAGGCUUCCAAACAGGAUGUGAAGCCUUACAAGCCCUUUUCUGCCCUGGGUCAGUCAGAUGUUAAUGCUGGAAUUGUUCACCCGAAACUUGCAAACCCCAACUGGGCCAUUCACGAUAUUGCUCCAGUAACUGAUUCUCAGGUUGUGGACAUCAAGGCUACUUUGAAUGCUCCCCGAACUGGCAUUCAAUAUAACAUGUUAUUCUUCGAUGAGGGUAUUGACCGGGAGAAGCUUCUUAACGCCUGCAAUGAGCUCAUCAAGGCUCAUGAAAUUCUCCGAACAGUCUUUGUGGAGCAUGAAUCCAAGUUCUACCAGGUCGUCUUGGAGGAAAUGGAAACACCCCUGACCAAGCACCUUGCCGACGACGAUCUGGAGAAAUCUGUUAAAGAGGUCUGCGAGGUCCACGCUGAGCUUGAAUUCAAGCUCGGCUCAUCAUUCCUGCAGAUUCUUCACGUGGAAGGCCGAGACGGGCGCGAUUGCCUCGUGUUGGGUCUAUCCCACGCUCAAUAUGAUGGUGUCUCUCUCCCACGAAUGCUGCAAGAUCUGGAGACCUUCUACACCGGAGGCGAGAUCGCGGCUCACCAGCCAUUUAACGUGUACAUUGGUCGCAUCUCCGACGAACGUGUUCAGAAAACAGCCGUUACCUACUGGAGCAAUCUCCUCCAGGGCUCCUCUCUCUCCGUCUUGGAAGGUCCCACAACUCAACCUACCGACCGCGGCAUCUUCAAGACCAAGGCUGUUGAGAACUCCAAGCCCUUGGAGUAUAUUACUACCGCCAACCUUCUCACUGCAGCCUGGGCGUUGCUCUUGGCUCGCCGUCUCCGCAAAUCAGACGUCGCUUUUGGAGGCGUCACCUCCGGCCGAACAGUCGAUCUCCCUGACGUGGAGAAUAUCGUCGGACCGUGCUACCAACUCACCCCGAUCCGCGUUCUCUUCGAGUCACACUGGACAGCAAUGGAUCUUCUACAGUUCGUACAGAAGCAGAGCGCCGAGUCGGCCGCAUACGAUUUCAUGGGCUUUGAGAAGAUUGCUCAGCAGUGCACUGAGUGGUCCGAGGGUCAGUUCUAUGACUCACUGGUCCAUCAUCAAGAUUGGGAUGACUUUGAUACCAUGCCUUUUGCUGGUGGAAGCUGCAAGGUGGAUAUUCUGAACCCUCAUGGUGACUCGCCCAAGCCGUUGAAGGUUGUUUCAUUCGUUAAGGAGGGAAAGACACAUGUUGGUCUUGUUGGAAGUGAACAGGAUGCUGUGUUUGUUGGUGAAACCCUGGACGAGCUUGCUGCUACUGUGCUGGAGCUGAGUGAACAAAAGGUGGAGGCUUUGCUUGAUGCUGAAGUAUUCUAA